AGAAGGUCACUCGAGUCAUCGUCACGUUUUCGUUGCAGAUAAAGGGUGGAGGAGCGGGUGUGUUUUGCGAGGUGUGUGCUCUGCAGCUGGGAAUAUUUGAGUUAUUUUAUGUUCAACGUUGCUGGGAACGCGCUGCAAUUUGGCUGGCAGGUUUAGGGGCUCGGUUUAGGAUUUUGUGAUCCGUGUUCUUCUUGGUUUUGGCCUUUUUCCUUUUGUUUUUUGGCGCAAUCUCGGGUAAGGUGGGAUGUCGAGGGAGGUUGCGAUUUUGAAUGACCAUUUCAUUCAUCGGAGUAAUAUUUGCGGCGCAGUUCGGACCUUCAGUGGUGCUUUUUUGCCAUAAAGGUGGAAUCUUGCGAAGCUAGGUCACAUUCUUGGGUGAAGUAUUUCCUUCUUUGCGUUACGAGCGGUGGUGUGUCGUUGGGUUUGUUUGAGGAGAGACUUCAGAGAUUUGUCGGAAACGAGUAGAUAUGGAAUUUUCUCAUUUCGAUUUCUCGGUUUAGAAGCUGUGUAGUUUUUGUUGGCUGAUUUCUUUACAGAGAAGAAGGAUUUCUGGCGUCACAGAGAACAGACUUUUGAUCGCUACCUCCGCCGAUGUCUCUCUAUGUCUAAAGCGAGGGAUAAUUGCAGGUUCCAGUUUUGUACUAGAGAUUACUAGGAUCUGAGGUUUUGCUGAUUCUGAGAUCUCUUGUUGCCAAAGGAAGAAGCUUUUUUUGGAAUCUUUUCUUGAGUCUCAUGGAUUCAUGGUGAUCUGAGUUCUCCAUAUUUUCUUUUCAUUUGAUAUAUUUAUAGGUGGAAGGGAGAAAGGAAUUGACAGUAUUAGUGAACAUGUCCUCUUCCCCUCCACCUUCUGUUUCGGCGACUCCGCCUUCUUCUACUGUUUCGCCUCCUCCUGCUUCCUUUUCACCUCCUUCCACAUCUGACUCACCACCACCUUCUCCGCUCCCUGAUCCCGUUGCUCCCCCCCCUACUCCUCCAGCGUCAUCGCCAGAGCCUCCGCCACCACCGUCACCACCCCCUCCAGCUGCCAGUUUCCCUCCGCCUGCUACUGCUUCUCCGCCGUCGUCGUCUCCACCACCUUCUGCUUCUCCCCCACCUCCUGUUGCCUUUCCUACACCCCCUGUCGUUACAGCUUCUCCCCCGCCACCUAUUACAGGCUCUCCACCGCCAUCGGUUGCUGCCUCUCCCCCGCCACCUACCGAGGUUUCUCCUCUGCCACCCACUGCAGUCUCUCCCCCGCCACCAACCGAGGUUUCUCCUCCGCCACCUAUCGCAGCUUCUCCUCCCCCGCCUUCUUCGGCAUCCUCACCUCCUCAAACUCCCAAUGCACCUCCGCCGUUGUCUGGCUCUCCACCACCUCCACCUUCGGCCGGACCACCUACCAGAACUCCCCCACCGCCUUCUGUUGAACCACCAAAUGCUCCGCCUUCUCCUCCACUUCCACCGAGGUCUCCCAGCCCUCCUAUUCCUUCGGCACCAGCACCUAAAAGCCCAUCGACUCCAGCUCGUUCACCCCCUGCCGCUCCUCCUAGCAAUUCUUCCGCUGGUACAGUUCCUUCCCCAGUUCAAGCCUCUCCUCCCUUACACUCUCCCACCGUUCCAUCUGACAAUUCGCCAAAUCCAAUUAGCCCAAGUUCCAACAAGUCCACUCCUGGUUCAGAUGUGGUGAGUGACAACUCUCCAGGAGGUGGUGGUACGAAGACAGGCACUGCUGUAGCUGUUGGAUUGGUGGUUGUAUUCGUUAUAUUUUGUUUUCUAGGGAUUGUGUGGUAUGUGAGGAAGCGCAGGAAACCUGUUGCUGGAUAUGUUCCAGGGUUUGUCAUGCCUUCACCACGCUCAUCUUCUAUGAUAUCAGAAUCACCCCACCCAAGGUCUCCAUCAGCUCCUCUUGUAUAUCACCACAAGUCUGCAAGUGUCGCGUCCGAUGCUGGAAUAGUCAAUGCUCAGUCGUGCUUUUCUUAUGAAGAGUUAUAUGAAAUAACAAACGGUUUCUCACCCCAAAAUAUUUUAGGUGAAGGUGGUUUUGGUUGUGUUUAUAAAGGAUGCUUUUCUGAUGGAAGAGAAGUUGCUGUGAAGCAAUUAAAGGUUGGCAGUGGACAGGGUGAACGGGAGUUUAAAGCCGAGGUUGAGAUUAUCAGUCGCAUACACCAUCGCCACUUGGUUUCGCUUGUAGGGUAUUGCAUAUCGGAGAACCAAAGAUUGCUUGUUUAUGAUUUUGUGCCCAAUGAUACACUUCACUCUCAUCUUCAUGGUACAGGAAAGCCAGUUAUCGAUUGGCCAACAAGGGUUAAGGUUGCAGCUGGUGCAGCUCGUGGCAUAGCUUACCUGCAUGAGGAUUGCCAUCCAAGGAUCAUUCAUAGAGAUAUAAAGUCCUCAAACAUUCUAUUGGAUAACAACUUCGAGGCCCAGGUUUCUGAUUUUGGGCUUGCAAAGUUAGCUAUGGAUGCUUGUACGCAUGUCUCUACACGCGUAAUAGGGACCUUUGGAUAUUUGGCUCCAGAAUAUGCAUCGAGUGGCAAGUUAACUGAGCGAUCUGAUGUUUACUCCUUCGGGGUUGUGCUUUUGGAACUCAUUACAGGACGAAAGCCUGUUGAUGACACCCAGCCUAUGGGUGAUGAGAGCCUUGUUGAGUGGGCACGACCACGGCUGUCCCAUGCUCUUGAAACUAGAGAUUUUGGAGAAUUACCAGAUCCAAGGCUCGAAAAGAACUACAAUGAAACUGAGAUGUUUCGAAUGAUCGAAGCAGCAGCAGCAUGUAUUCGUCAUUCAGCAGCAAUGAGGCCUCAGAUGGGAAAGGUAGUAAGGGUUCUCGAUAUCCUAACCGAUGUUGAUCUAAACAAUGGUGUCAAACCCGGACAAAGUGAAAUCUUCAAUGUGGCAGAAACAGCACAGAUCAGACUGUUGCAGCGGAUGGCAUUCGGGAGCCAUGUCUUUAGUUCUGGAUAUAGCCAGUCUGAUUGGAGUCAUCAAUCGGAUAUUUGAAAAGAGGCGUCACAUAAUCAGUAGCAAAUUCUUUAAUUUCAUGAAGAAUCAAAUACGCGGAGUCACCAAUCCACAACAGAGAUCUAUUGUUCUUUUAACUCAUUCGUUUCGGUAAAGCAAUUCAUUCAUCCACUGCUUUGAUGGCCAGUCGAAGACUAGAAAGUUGUUUCAGCUGAUUGAAGUUUGAAACUACAGAUGGUCACUCGGAAAAGCAGCGGAUUCUGUGAAUGAUCUUUGAGUGAUCGAAGUUAAACAAUGUUAUAUAUCGAUUCGAACAGUGAUGUUACCCUGCACAAAACAUCCAUGUAACAGAAGCUGCUCGUGGCCGUGGCACCUGAGGAGGCCUAUGAUGUUUAAUGCUCUCUCCCUGCUGGUAAUGUUGAUGGACGCAUCUUUCUGGAGGAUCUUAUGCUUCAUGGGUGUCUUGUAUAUCUACGUUCAGAUUCUCCAUUGUUGCUCUGGUCAACAGCCUCCGAAGGCGGGGAACGAGUGUUGUCGUUGGCUGAAGUCUGCUGUGCAAGAGAAAAUUGCUGGACCAUCAACGAGGGGCAAAAAAAGAAUUUUAGGGCCAUCAUCUCAUGUGCAUUUAUUAUGUUUUAGGGUGAUACAAAGUACCAGUAAUUUCAAGAGAAUUUGUACAUUAUCAAUUUGCGAAUACUUUUCUUUAGAGAAUAAGAUCGAUUAUGUAACUUUUAUUA